UUAGUAUAAAUCUGAGCUGAGAGUGAUCAAUUUCAAUUCACUGAAAUCAAACUUCUCUUCAAACAUCUCCUACCAACCAUACAGCAUAUCCCUCAAUGGCACCCAUCUGUUCUUCUUCUUCAGCUGUUUCAACAGCCCUGCUAAUGUCUGUAGUGGUGAGCUUCUUAAUGGCUGCCUCAGCAGGUAACUUCUACCAAGACUUUGAUAUCACUUGGGGGGAUGGGCGUGGUAAGAUACUCAACAAUGGAGAGCUUCUCACUCUUUCCCUUGACAAGCCCUCUGGAUCUGGUUUCCAGUCCAAGAAUGAGUAUCUCUUUGGCAAGAUUGAUAUGCAGCUCAAACUGGUCCCUGGAAAUUCUGCUGGCACUGUCACAGCCUACUAUUUAUCUUCACAAGGGCCAACCCAUGAUGAAAUCGACUUUGAAUUCCUGGGGAACCUCAGUGGGGACCCCUAUAUCCUCCACACUAAUGUGUUCAGCCAAGGCAAGGGAAAUAGAGAGCAGCAGUUCUACCUGUGGUUCGACCCAGCUGCUGAUUUCCACACCUAUUCCAUCCUCUGGAAUCCCCAGCGCAUUAUCUUCUCUGUGGAUGGCACCCCCAUCAGAGAGUUCAAGAACUCUGAAUCCUUAGGUGUCCCAUACCCGAAGAACCAGCCCAUGAGGAUAUACUCCAGUCUGUGGAAUGCAGAUGACUGGGCAACAAGAGGCGGGCUUGUGAAGACAGACUGGAGCCAAGCACCAUUCACAGCCUCCUACAGGAACUUCAAUGCCAAUGCUUGCUUGUGGACCUCUGGAUCAUCUUCUUGCAGUUCAACCUCUCCAUCUUCUACCUCCACCAAUGGGGGAUGGUACUCACAAGAGCUAGAUUCCACAAGCCAAGAGAGAAUGAAAUGGGUGCAGAAGAAUUACAUGAUCUACAAUUACUGCGCAGACACAAAGAGAUUCCCACAGGGCCUUCCUCCUGAAUGCACUGCCACCAUCAUGUCCUAGAGGGAACAGAACCUAAGGCCAUUCACUUCGUUGUUUGCCUCUAUAAUUUCAAAAUUAUAUUCUUUAAUUCUUUAUCAUUUUUGUUGCCAUCAGAAUUUCAGAAACACCGCAUUGUUGACAAUGUAAUAUAUGAAUACAACGAAGAUUACUUUCUCAAUGAAUGGCAUGUAUAUCAUUAUCUCAACCUCAAUGUUGAACCCCACAAAGUAACGAAGAGAGUGAAAUCACAAUACUAUUGUUUCUACG